AAAUGACAAAAACAAAGCAAGAAAAUUAAGAUAAUCAACAAUGAAGCAACCCCAAAGUCUUAUAAUCUUUUUUAAUUUGUCUACCUUACUAUCACCAAAAUUGCACCAUUUCUUCUCCCAAUGGAACAACGUGCAACAACACAUCAUGUACACAAACUAUCCUUCAUCCUACUCAUACUUUCCCUUGCUUUCCCUUCCUCUUCGUUUGAAUUGCGGCCAUCGGUGGCCGAUUCCACGUUCCUUCACAGCAACGACACCGCGAUAUCUGAUUUUCGUGUGCUGAACCGAAGAGCUUUGUUUCAAUGCCCUGAUCUUAACCCUUAUCUCCAAAUCAAUGUUACCACCCAAGGUGACCUCUCUGAUGAACAGUUCAUCACUGUGAAUGUUAGUGGGGUUUUGGUACCUUCGGAUGGUGAUUGGGUUGCUAUGGUCUCACCUUCAUUUUCAAAUGUGACUACUUGUCUUGGAAGUGAAGCUUAUUAUUUACAGACUGGUGACACAAGUAUUCUUCCUCUUCUCUGCCACUAUCCUGUUAAGGCAAAGUAUGUGACCAGUGAUCCGAGCUACCUAAGUUGUAAGAACCAAAAAUGCCAGAAAUAUGGUAAUAACGGCGACUGCGAGGUUAGGACUUGCGCUGGCUCCUUGUCUUUCCAUGUCGUUAACAUUAGGACCAACAUCGAGUUCGUGUUCUUCGCCGGCGGGUUCAGCACGCCUUGCAUUUUGACAAAAACCGACGUGCCGUUGAAAUUUUCAAAUCCCAAUUCACCCCUGCAUGGACAUCUCUCCAGCAUAGAUUCCACUGCCACAUCGAUGAGAUUAACAUGGGUUAGUGGAGAUAAGGAACCUCAACAAGUACAAUAUGGAGAUGGAAAAUCACAAACAUCAGAAGUUACAACAUUUUCAGCAGCUGAUAUGUGCAGUGAGUUUCGGCUUGGUUCCAUUGUGGUACCAAGUCCAGCAAAAGAUUUUGGAUGGCAUGAUCCUGGUUACAUUCACACUGCAGUUAUGUCAGGAUUGCAACCUUCAAGCACCUUCAACUACAAAUAUGGAAGUGAUGCAGUUGGGUGGAGUGCUGAAAUUCAAUUUCGGACGCCACCCGCCGGAGGAUCGGAUGAACUCAAAUUUCUUGUUUUUGGUGAUAUGGGAAAGGCUCCUCUUGAUUCUUCAGCUGAGCAUUACAUCCAGCCAGGAUCAAUUUCAGUGAUUAAAGGAAUGACCGAAGAGGUUGAAAAUGGCAACGUAGACUCCAUUUUUCACAUCGGAGACAUAAGCUAUGCAACUGGCUUCUUAGUUGAAUGGGAUUACUUCCUCAACCUUAUAACCCCUUUGGCUUCUAAAGUUUCUUACAUGACAGCAAUCGGAAAUCACGAAAGGGACUAUUCAGAUUCAGGGUCAUGGUACACAGGUUCAGACUCGGGAGGGGAAUGUGGGGUUCCAUAUGAGACCUAUUUCCCAAUGCCAACACCAGCAAAAGAUAAGCCAUGGUAUUCAAUAGAGCAAGGCAGUGUUCAUUUCACUGUUAUUUCGACAGAACAUGACUGGACCGAAAAGUCUGAACAGUAUGAGUGGAUGAAAACAGAUAUGGCUUCGGUUGAUAGAUCAAAAACACCUUGGUUGGUGUUUACUGGGCACAGGCCAAUGUACAGUUCUCUAGGUGCUGAUGAUCAAUUUCUUGAAACAGUAGAACCCCUUCUCUUGAAUAACAAGGUGGAUCUGGUCCUUUUCGGACAUGUACAUAAUUAUGAGAGAACGUGCUCGAUCUACAAUUCAGAAUGUCUAGCAAUUCCCGAAAAAGAUAAAAAUGGCAUCGACACAUAUGAUAAUACCAACUACAGUGCACCUGUCCAAGCUAUCGUUGGAAUGGCUGGUUUCAGCCUCGAGAAGUUCCCUGAUGAUGCACCUAGUUGGAGCUUGGUAAGGAUUUCUGAAUUUGGGUAUGUUAGAGCACAUGCAACAAAGGAUGAGCUGAAAUUAGAGUUUGUGAAUUCCGAUUCCAAAAAUGUUGACGACAGCUUCAUCAUCACCAAAAAGUAAAGGCGGAUGCAAUUCAGGCAACAUUUAUAUAUAUAUAUAUAAAAAGAGUUUACGAUCUUGUUCAUUAUGUUAUUUAUUUACGGAUUGUACGUUUAAUUACUCCUAAAAUAUCUUAUGACACAUAUAUAUAUUAUGUAUUAUGUAAAGAAAUAUUUUAAUACAUUCUUAAGCAGAGUUUAUAGUGUGACAA